UCAAUUUUACAACCUCCAGUCAUCCAAUCAGAUUCGGCGACAGAGCUAUGUCAGCUUCAGCCAUGAUGUGGUUUUGAAUGAGGAAGAAGCGGGAGAUGUUGUACUUCAACUGGUUUAUUUACGUUUUAUAGGCAUAUUAAUUAUCUGUAAAUACUUUAAUCUGCAACUAAAAAUGAGAGCAAAUUUUCCGAACGCGAGAACAGCGACCUAUGCCGUUCCUCUGGGAAUUUAAACAGGACUCGAUAAAUUAGCCGUGUGGCUAACGACGCUAGCUAGACACGGCUAAAUCCGAGCUAAGAGGCUAACGUCAUGCUGAAUAAAAUCUACGAAUGGAUAGAAACGAGCUUUGCCAAUCUUCGCAACGGAGAACCGGCUGUGGAAAACUCUCCUGAACACCCGGCUCCGACAGAUGCUCCAGUCAGAAGAAAAAGACCAAUUGAUUGUUUGGAAGACGGCCACAGUAUCGAUCAAGAACACUUAAUAGUCAAGAAAACACGAAUGGGAGAUUUGAUUGAUUCAGUCCGGAGUGCUGCUGAAGGUGUUAAAAGUCAUAGUAGCAAUGUAGCUACAUGGAUGAAGAAAAAUGUAAACCCCACUUUUAGAAAUAUUCUGCCUACCUCUUCUGAUUCUCCUUCUGGGGAGCCUCAGCCCUCAACAUCAGCUGCAGUCUACCCAAGGAGACCGAUUGUUCACAGGAACUCGUUGGAGGAAACGUCUGCUGCUCCUUCAACCAUAUUGGAGUGGAAAACACCCAAAACAGAAUGGCUGCGUAAUGACAGAAUGAUUAUGGGAUCAAAGGCUUGUAGGCGACAAGUUUGUAUGAGUCCUGCACAUCGUGAGGUGCCAAAAACAAAUGGGCAUUCGGUCUGUGUGCGACCCGCCAUUCACACCAAGCUGCACCCCUCCCCAAGGUUAGGCAGGCCUUUGAACCUCCGGCCUCAUGGGACUUCAAGUUUGUCAGGUGGAGCGGGCACGACAAGCAGUUCCUGCAACAACAUGUAUGAGAAAACCUUUCCUAUUAAAGUGGUGCAAAGCCCGACUCACAGCACUUCAUCAAGCCGCUUAAACAAAGCUGGGUCCCACUGCACAGCUCUGGAGUCCAUCCGAGAGGAGGAGAAGGAGAUCUACAGACAGCUUCUCACUAUGGUUUCUGGUGGCCAGUCGACUGUCCUUCAUAACGGCAGUGCGCACACCUUUGUGAGAUCCCAUAGAGAUUUCACCAGCUUCCUCACCAGCCACACACGGCUGCAAAUGUCUUCUCCAGCUGGAUCAGCAGCUGAAGGGACGUCAGAAGGACCCAGUAGCCCACCCAGCCCCCGAGGGAUGUCAAGUCAGAGCUCCAGCAACCUCCCCAGCCCUGUGGGAGCCUCCAGGAAGUCAGGGAGUCAGAUUUGGCCAGCAGACGCAGACCUCGGCUCCAGUCAGACCUCUGCUCUUUUCUCCGCUCCUUCCCCUUCGACUCUGCAAGACAACACCUCUCAGGGGACAGAGUCAUCAGCUCAUGAUGGUGACUCUGUAAUUAUUGUAAAUGAGCAAAAAUGCAAAAAGCAAGAAAGCUCAAGCAUGCCAUUAUUCCAAGCUGAGCUGUGGAUCAAGGAACUGACUAGCAUGUAUGACUCUCGAGCGAGAGAAAGACGGAGACAAAUAGAAGAACAGGAAGCUUUGGCUGCCCAGCUUCUGCGACAGCGACUGUCUGACUUGGGAAAACGGAGCCCAGAUGUUGAAGUUCAUGUUCGCGUUCCUUUGGAGAAGGAAAUUCCUCUGACUUUUGUGAUAGAGAAACCAAAGUCUGUAGAGGAAAAACCAGAGUUUCCAGAACUGACAGAGGAAAUGGAAGCUGAGGUGCACAGGGUGAUGAUGAAGGGAGGAAAUCCUCAUGAAGUACUAAGUGAAGGUUUCGGUCUCAGCCUCACACGAAAAGACCUGCAAACCCUCAGCAACCUCAACUGGCUAAAUGAUGAGGUUAUCAACUUUUACAUGAACCUUUUGGUUGAGCGCAGCAAAGAACCAAACCGGCCGUCAGUUAAUACGUUCAACACAUUUUUCUACCCGAAGCUGCGGAGUAGUGGCUACUCUGCUGUCCGCCGCUGGACCAAAAAGAUGGACAUCUUUGCGAAAGACAUUCUGUUGGUUCCUGUCCAUCUGGGAAUGCACUGGUGCCUCUCGGUGGUGGAUUUCCGCAAAAAGUCUGUUAUCUACUUUGAUUCUAUGGGAGGAAGCAAUGAUCAAGCUUGCCAAAUAUUGUUUGACUACCUGCAACAGGAAAGUAGAGACAAAAAAGGCAAAGAACUUGAUACCUCAGGCUGGACUCUACACAGCAAGAAGUCCAGUGAGAUCCCACAGCAGAUGAAUGGCAGCGACUGUGGAAUGUUCACUUGCAAAUAUGCAGAUUACAUUACCAAAGACAAGCCAAUCACAUUCACACAGAAACACAUGCCAUACUUCAGAAGGAGAAUGGUUUGGGAAAUUAUGAACCACAAGUUGUUGUGAUGUAAUGAUUGCCGUUUAGACACUUAAAGUUUACUCAUGACGAAGGUUGAGCUCCAUUCCUCAUGAGGUUCAACUGAGACUUGCACACCAGCUCCACAGACCAGAAACCAGCUGUUUCACUCAAGACCCCCAUCCCUCCGCCCCCUGAGCUAAUGUUGGCUGACGGAUGUGGCUGGAGCACAAAUCACUGCCUCCCACUCUUCUUCUGUUCUUUUGGGUCUCGAUGCAGCAGCGGAGCAUCAUAAUAGCAGCUAAGACACUUUGUAUGUGGUUGUAAUGCCCGGUCAGAACUAUUUUUGCAUUGUUUGUAGUGAUGUGCUCUUAAGUGAAUCAUACUCUGAGGUUUUCUUCCUUCCUCAGAAUGUUACAUAAUCCGACCUCACCAUGAAAAUAUGUCCAUUCUACAAUUUGCAAAAUUAAUUUAUUUUUUUUUUUAAAGGGCUGCAAACUAAUCUAUGAUUAGUUACUUAGAAUAAAUACUGACACUUUUUUUUUUUUGUCAUCUGAUUGACAGUUGCAGGCUUGUGCGGUUUGGACAUUACUAAGAGUGGAUGGAAUUAAAAUGCAGAAAGGUCAAUGUGGCCUCAGAGUAUGAUUUAUAAUAGUCUUACUUUCAGUGAUCCAGGUGUAAUGGAGCAUUUACAAUCUAAAACAGCAGGGUAAUGAAACUUUGCCAUUUCCUUAUUCUUGAUAAAAUUGUAAAUUAAAAUCUAUUUUAUGUAUUUGAGUCUUCUUGUUAGGCAGCAGAAUUUUGAGUCAUUCAAUGGAUUUUGAAUUUUUGUACAUACUUGAACCAUAUACAGCCUACUAUGUAACAAUAAACAUUUUUAUGUAUUUCUUA